CUUUGUUUUAUUCUAAAGAAUCAUGUAAAGCACCAGAGGACAUUUUGAUUCACCACACAAAUAAAACCGUGUUCAUGCCUGAAGAUAGAAUUGAGUAUUCAUGUUUGGAAGGAUAUAAAACUGCAAAUAACAUGCCAACUGAUACCACAAGGUGUGGCAUAAAUGGUGAAUGGAGUCCAGCACCCGAGUGUCUCGUGGCCUGUACAGCAUCAGAAGAAGAUAUGGACAGAAACAAUGUUGAACUAAAAUGGUCCAGAGAAACCAAGCUGUAUUCCACAUCGGGUGACUAUAUUGAAUUUGACUGUAAAGCAGGAUAUGUGAAAGAGCAAGAGCCUUCCCACUACAAAGUCCAGUGUGUGGAGGGAGUGUUGGAUUACCCACGAUGCAGGCUGGGAAGGAGCUGUACAGUGAAUACAAACCAUACGGAAAGCAACAAUAUUCAACUACAGUCACCCCAAUCAAGAACUUCCACCUAUCGCUCUGGGGAUUUUAUUUUCUUUGAAUGCAAAAGCGGGUACCGACAAAUUUCAAGAACUGAGAAAUUUAGAGCACAGUGCCUGGAUGGAGCAAUUACAUAUCCUACAUGUCAGUCCAGGUUUGGAUAAAUGGAAACGGCGUGAAGGAGGCCAGCUGCAGAAAUAAGAGAACCCUCAGCCAACCCCGUGAUUUGAGCUCAGUUUUUCCUGGUGUUUCCCAUUUUGCUGUGCUUUGUUUGCAGCUUAGACAAUGUUCUGCCUUGGAAUUUGUUUUUAUGAUUGGAUGAUUGUGUUUGCAUAUUAUCCACAUUUUAUCCAUUUUUGUAAAUGUAUUUACAUUUUGUCCAUCCAAAUGGCUGUGCUUGCAUUUUAUCCAUUCUAUACUGAUCUCACUGUUAUUUUUAUUAACAAUUGUGUCCUGAAAUAGGCUGGCUUUGGUGGCAUACUGAGACAAGAAUUAAAGCUCGUGAGUAAUUUGAUUCUCA